GUGCUUCCACUCACAAUUCCAUUCACCUUCUUAUACACACACAACAACAAACAAACACAGACAACCAAAAUCCGCAGCAAACUCCUCACCUUCUCUCACUAAAUCCGCAAGAAUUGCAAGUUCAAAGUUUCUGAUAAUCUAUGCAGCAAGUAAGAGACCCUGCUAUUAGGCUCUUCGGCCAGAAGAUUUCCCGGACCGAAGAUGCCGACGACACUGGUUUUUCCGGCGCCGGUUGCAUCAAUAUUGACAAAGAAGAAGAACAACAACAAUACAGAGACGGUGGUGGUGGAAUUGGACAAAACCCAGAAGAGGAGAAAGACCCAAUUGAUAAUGAGGAUUCAGGAUCUGAAAAUGGUAAUGAGAAAGAGCAAGAAGCUGAUCUUCCUCCUGCAAAUGAAGAAGAGACCAAGAACUCGAGCACCUCACCAGGGGCGGUUGUGAACCCAGAAACACCUUCCAUAGAAGAAGAAACUGCAAAAUCAAAAAGUGAACAAAGCGAUCCAGCCCAGUCACAAGAGAAAACAACACUGAAGAAGCCAGAUAAAGUGAUACCAUGUCCCCGUUGCAACAGCAUGGAUACAAAAUUCUGCUACUACAAUAACUACAACGUCAACCAGCCACGUUAUUUCUGCAAGGCCUGCCAGAGAUACUGGACUUCAGGCGGCACCAUGAGGAACGUUCCAGUGGGAGCAGGGCGAAGAAAGAACAAGAACUCUUCCUCACAUUUUGGCCACAUCAGUAUCUCUGAGGCUCUUCAAGCAGCUAGAAUUGAUGCCCAUGAUGGAACAACUCACCUCCCUGCUUUGAAAACCAAUGGUAGAGUCCUCAGUUUUGGAUUAGAUGGACCUAUUUGUGACUCCAUGACAUCUGUCCUAAAUCUUGGAGAGAACAAGGUCCUGAAUCAAACCCUUCCCGUUCCUUGCAAAAGUCGGGAAAAUGGUGAUGACUGCUCAAGUGCAACAUCUUCCAUUACUGUUUCAAGUUCCGUGGGAGAAAGUAACAAAAGUUCCAUCCAAAACAAUGGUUUCAUUCCUCAACUUCCAUGCAUUCCUAGUGUUCCUUGGCCUUAUUAUACCUGGAACACUACUUCAGUUCCCUCACCUGCUAUGUGUCCUUCAGGAUUUCUCUAUCCUGCUGCAUUUUGGAACUGCAGCAUGCCAGGGAAUUGGAAUGUUCCAUGGUUUCCAUCAAAUCCAUCUACUUCAAACCCAAACUCUCCAAGCUCAGGUCCAAAUUCUCCAACUCUGGGGAAGCACUCUAGGGAUGUUGAUGAUGUGAGUGAAAAGGACUCUUUGCAAAAUGAAGAACCAUCAAAGCAGAGAAACGGGUCUGUUUUGACUCCGAAAACAUUAAGAAUUGAUGACCCGAAUGAAGCUGCAAAGAGUUCUAUAUGGGCAACUCUAGGAAUCAAGAAUGAGUCACUCAGUGGUGGAAGCAUGUUUAAGGCCUUCAAAUCAACAAAGGGUGAUGAAAAGAACCAUGUAGACUCUUCAGUGUUGCGGGCUAACCCUGCAGCAUUGUCAAGAUCCCUUAACUUUCAUGAGAACUCCUGAAUAGGAGAGUUCUUGUGAGUUGGGGACAAUUUUGGUCUUUCCCUUCAUUAGAAUAGGUUCUUUUAAUGUACUUAGUUUGAUGAGUUUGAAUUCAUGUACAUUUGUUAAUAUUUUUGGAAGUGUAUUUUACUAGAGAUGGAAAAAAUCUUUACUAUGAAUAAAUCUCCAGCGAGGUUGUACA